AGUACUGGCCACCAGCAGCGCUUUUCGCACAGGGGAAAAACAAGCUUCGGAUUGGGGGAAAAAAAAAAAAAAAAAAAAGAAAAAGAAAGGAAAGUGAUCGAGAGAAAGGAGACAUGAGGGGAUUGAUCGUUUUCAUCGCAACGGUGGCCAGCUGCAGAGCCGGUUUCCUCGGCUCGCCCUCGUUCGGCGAGCCCCAGGUGCACCCCCAACCGGCGCCCCAGAGGUUCGCACCCCCGGCACCGGUUGGCCAAGACGGAAACGUGAUCGAUACCCCGGAAGUCGCCCAAGCGAAGGCUGCCCACUUCGCGGAAUUCGCUAGGGCCGCGGCCAGAGCCGCCGAGGAGAGCAAGAAUCAGCCCCAAUCGGUCGAGUACAAUCCCCAGUCCCAAGCCUACAACUUCCCCUCUUCCCAACCCUCCACCUACGUCAGGCAGCAAGCCUAUCAGCCGCCCGCGCCGAUCUACCAAUCUGCUCCAGCACCGGCGCCAAUGUACAAUCAACCGAAUACGGUAUCAGCCGGUUACCAGCCGCAGUAUACGGGAAAUACGAACUUUGUCGGGCAGCAAAGUUUCGCUGCCAACGUGAAACCCACCCCUUUCGUGCCUGCGCCCCUCGCGGAGGAUGGGACUGUAAUCGAUACGCCGGAAGUGGCCGCUCUUAAGGCAGCCAGGUUGGCAGAAUUGGCCGAGGCCGAGGCGAGGGCGUAUAAGUUUGCACAGGAAUACAAACCGGAAGUCCAAGGCCAAGCUUAUGCUAGUCCACCAGCCGCUCCAGUCCAAUACAAUUCUCCCGCGGCUAGAGUAUUUCCUGGCGCAGCGCCCUCGUAUCCCGCGGCGCAACCAGCAUUUGGCAAACCUGCUUUCCAACCUCAAAAUUAUCAAUCGCAGCAAUUAGUCGGAGCUUAUUAA